AUGGAGGACUCUAUUUCUGUGUCUGCCACAGAUUUAGUGGAUGCCUCUCUUAAAGGCAGCCCCAUCAAUGUUAGAAAGCUCCAUAAGAGAGCUUUCCUUGCCAGGGAUCUAUCCUCUUCAUCAUCUGAGGAGGAUUUGGUCCCAGUUUUAAAUAAAAAGCAUAAAGGAAGACGGCUGGUCUCUUCCGCCAGUUCCUCGUCUGAGGAAAACUUCUCCGCUCCUCCUUCCCCUCAUACUCGUUUGAGUAAGCGAAAAUUUAAGGGGACAGGACCUCAAAAAAGGAAUAGCGUGUUUCCCUCGUUUGAGCACCAGAAACACCUCCCAGAGGAAAAGGGCAAAUCUCGUUGGAGGUUAGAUAGUCCCUCUCCUUCCUCUUCUAGAGCGUUCGCUCACUCUUCUUCCCAAAGCCGUCCCAGUUCCAGAUACGGCUCUCCAGAAAUAGACUGGGAAUCCGAGGAAGUGGUUCGUUCAGCAGCUUCCACUGAGCGAGGGAAGCUAAGCAAUGUUCAGAUGGCCAGAGUAAGUCUCCUAGGAAAGACUCUCCCAUCAAAAUUAUUUCACUCCAGAUGGGCUAUGGAGCACGAUUCCGAGGUUAGAGAUUUUGCUAAACUAGCCUUCAGAUCCCCCUUGGUUAAGGAAGAUGACCUUCUCCUCAGGAACCACAUCGGUAUCCCGGACAUUCAGGCUCUAAUGGCCCCAGAGGUAGACCCUUCGCUGUUAUCCAUCACAGGGAGCAGCGUAUCCUCUGAUCCCACAGACCAGACUUUUCGCAAUAUACAGUUUAAAAUUGCUGAUGCUGUGGGACCACUAUUACUGAUGCUGGAUAAAGCAGAAAAAGAAGGCAAUGCUCAGAAACCUUCCACUUCAUCCCUGUUAGCAUCUAAGAUGGCCCUUUUAAAAGCGUCUGGCAGGGCAGUGCUAAUUAUUGGCCAAUCCUUUAAUUACAUUUCAAACAUCCGCAGAUCCCGCUGGCUCCAUGCAGCUGGUCUGUCCGACCUAGCCCCCAAAUCGCAUGAGUUCCCAAAUUUGGAGGAUUCUUACCUAUUCGGUCCCUCGUUCAUUCAGGAGGUUAAAGGCCGUUACAAGGCAAGGAGAUCCUUUUCAGAACUCAAGAAGUCCGUCCCUGGCUACAAGAAGCCCUUUCGGACGGAGGGUCGCCCCUAUAGGGCUGCAGGAGCGUCCCGAGAAGCCUCUCACCAGGCCCAGUACCGCCACUACAGUGGAAGACAUAAGCUCCCAGGCGGCGGCAGAGGAGCGCAUUCCAGAGGCGGUUCAGCUUCCAAAAGGAAACCCAUGCAUUCAA